UUCCAUUUCAAGGAGUUGACAAGAAAAAUGUUAAAGGUAAACUUUUAUUGAAAAGAGUUGCAUCAUACUUACAAAAUGGCGACUUCUACAUGCGUAUUUCGUGUUCUAAACUAUUCAUCAAAAUUAUCAAAAAACAUAUUUCUAAAUUGUUCAUACAGAAGUAGAUGCUUACUAUCAACAACUGCAAAUGAAAACAAUAGCACUCCGAAAGACCAACCACCUACUCAGCAGCAGGCAGAUACAGAUGAACAGGUUAAAACAGAUCCACAAAUUCUCAAAUUGGAAACACAAAUUAAGAAUUUACAGGAAGAAGUCAAGGAAGCAAAGGAUAAAUAUUUGCGGUCACUGGCAGAAACAGAAAACUUAAGGAAGAGAUUGACCAGACAAGUGGACGAAGCAAAGCUUUUUGCUAUUCAGAGUUUUUGUAAGGAUCUGUUGGAAGUAUCUGAUGUUCUUAGCACAGCCAUCAACUCAGUUCCUAAGGACCAACUGACUCCCUCUAACCCCCACCUCAUGAACUUGUACCAAGGACUCAACAUGACCGAAACGCAGCUCAUGAAAGUGUUCAACAAGCACGGCCUGGAAUCCAUAGCUCCCAAGGAAGGGGAGAAGUUUGACCCCAAUUUCCAUGAGGCCCUGUUUCAAGUGCCCAUCCAGUCCAAAGAAACUCAGGUACCAGACACUGUGGCAGUGGUACAGAAGUUAGGAUACAUGCUACGCAGCCGUACUCUUAGGCCAGCAUUAGUUGGGGUUUUUAAAUGAACUCUUGUAGGCAGUCCUGAUCAUUUUUCUUUCAUUGCAGUCAGAUUUUUUUUUAAAUAACAAGAAGAUCGCAACUUAAAA